AAAAUACUAACCGGAAUGCACUGCUUCAAGUCAGCCACCGAUCGGUCUGCGCAGCGCCGCAUGAAGUCGAACACACCUAUUCACUCUCGCGGUACUUUGAUGUCACAUUAUACUUGGUCUGCGCAUGUCUGCAUGAAGUCAAACACUCAUAUAUUUUAGCUUUAGUAGCGUGUAACAAAAUAUACUGUUGGUUUGCGCAGCGCAGUAACGUUACCACAUGAAGCCGCGGGCACAUCUUUAAGGGCUGCACUAGUGUGUCGUCGUGUCAAACGAUCACAAAACGAUUUAUUCCUCUUUUUCACCUCGAUCUUCGACCUCUUGUGAUUUACCAAAACCAACAGGUGAAGCAACAACGCUGACGAGGGAGUUUCAUUAGUAUUAAGGUAACUAAGCAUGUUUGUUUGUUUUUGAACGUUUAUCAAUGCAAGUCAAUACAACCAGACAAAUCCUGAAGGCAAGGCACGUUGAACAUGUAACGCGUUGGUGGGGUUAGCUAGAUCAGCCCCUGUUUAACUUAACCUUAAGUUACUUGAGUUAUAACAUUUAUCUUCCGACGUGCUUAGAGUAUUAUGUAAACGAUGCUGUGUCAGUCUAUUUUCACAAGAAGCUAUAAAGUUUUAUAGUGGAGGGGUUUGAUCAUUUUAAUAAUUUAUUUUAUCAGUUGUAUUAGCUGUAAAGUUAUUUAUAUCUGUGAAUUAAUUCAUAUUUCUAACAGUUUCAUCUAACGUUAAUAACGCCAACCGUUACUUACCAACAUCGUGAAGAACAAACUGACAGAUACACCAACUUAAAGCCGACAAUUAACAAAAAAAUAAACAUUAUAAAUGAACAGAAACGUAUGUUUACAAAUUAUGUUAUUUACAUGUUAAUAAUGAUGUUAAAUGCGAAGAAAAUGUUGAAGGGUGUUGUGCUUGAGGAAAUAACGGUCAUGUGGUGAAAAUGGAGGUCACGUGACGAUGGCCUCGCGAACAGCUCGCGCUGGCUAAAAGGGUCAACUUCCCGCCCCAGCAUGCAUUUUGAAUGCAGAAAUUAUAAGCAGUAAGUUUAUAAUAUUUAUAUAAUGCUUAAUAAUAUGGGUGCACCGUGGCGUAAAUCGGCCGAUGACGCUUGCUAUGGUGAAAUGCCGCUACAUCCAAAAGCCAGAGGGCGCUCAAGUGCAGAAACUCAAUAUGCGCUGCAGACGAACAACAUUAAACACACAGCUCCAGAAAAUGGCAAAAAUAUAUUUUUAUAUCACUGUUCAAACCUUUUCAUGUAUUUUCAUGAUAAUAAAGAAUAUGUUUAAUGAUUAUGUUUGAGGAGUGUUGCUUUUUAAAUGCAUGUUGAUUUCAUAUUAAUAAGGACUUAUUGAUCUUAAUAAAUGAUGCCUGUAAAUUUACACACAUACGUCUAUGAGAUCGUUAUUUAUAGCAUUUAUUCUAGGUUGAAAAUUAAAACUUUAACGUUAUUUAAUCUGACUGAAAUUUGUUUGUGUUUAACACUGAUUUGUUUUUCUGUUUAAUAUUGGUCUGUCCUGUUAAACGUGCUCAGAAACAUGAAGAUUACAGUUUCUACAGAGCCUAAAACUGAUGGAUAAUCUGCUCACCUAAACAGCCCACCACAAUCCACGUGCACCAGCUCUGAAAAGUGCAGGACAAACGUCUUCCUCCACUUGUGAGUCUCUUGCCACAUAUACAUAAGCACUUCAGGAUGAACCAGCCUGUGAUCGGUUAAGAUGCACAGAUUCAACUCUGGCCCAACCGUCAUCCCAACACCUCAUCUGCCCAUCAGUUUCGUUUAGUUUCUGUGUAUUUCAAAAGGUCUUAUAAACUUUAAAUGAGACUUUGUGUAAAGCAGGGGUUUCCAAACUUUUAAUUCCCUAACCUUUUAAGCCCGAGAUACACUGCAGGAUUUUUGCAAUCCUAUGAGAUUAUUACCUAAUCACACUGUGCGCCAUGGAUCGUUUACACUUGGAUAUUGACAAGCAUGUUGAAGACUGUACGAUGAAGACACCCAUUGAUUGGGAGGCUGUGACACCUGUGACACAUGUUAGCAUAACGCCAUCAGCAUGUGCUAGUGGUAAACAAAUACUGGUCUGCAGGUUGUAGCAGCAAACACAUUGAUGUGCGUUGAUCAUGCUGAAUUUCUGACACUGUCAGAAAUGACACACCCCGUGUAAGAGUAUGUUGUGUUGUAAUUCAAGUCACAUCUAAGUCUUGUGGGUUCUCAUUAUAUUCACAGUGUAACACGGUUCUUUCAGGAGUUACUACAUUACAGUGCUCUUAAAGUCUCAUGAUCAGCUCUGGGUCUUGUAAAGUAAUAUAAUGAGAUUGUGAUCAAUAGCUUUGCAGUAUUUGUUACACAUCAAAUUUAAUUUAAUAAACAAACUAGUCAAUAUAAUUCAUGCUGUUACUCUGGAUUACACCUGGUCAAAUUAAUAUGUGUAUUCAGUUUUUGUAUAAGGUUUCUUCAUUUAUUGUAUAUAAACGUCACCUUUGGUAUGCUUAUUAGAGUAUGUUGCUUUUUAAUAAAAUGUUGUGAAAAUGCAAGGUGUGUUACACAAUUUCAAUGGAUGGUGUGGGGUCAAAAAAUAUCAGACAAAAAGUCUCAACUUUAGAUACUGUGAUAUAAAUGAUGACAGACACACUUAAUGUGAGUCACACCCAGUAAUGAUAAUAAGCAGGAAUUGCAGCCAGCAUUAAAGCAGGGUCACCUAAAAUAUUCAGCUUGUUGGCAAUUGUUUUAUUUAUUUAAAUGUAUAAAUGCAGUUUUUCAUUACAGAUUGAUGAAACAGUCAGAGGUGCAGUGGCUGCUGGUUAUAAAUGGGAAUGCUUCCCAAUGGGAAAUUACAUAAUUUCCUAUAAUGUUUGUGCAUAGCAUCAGUGAGUUUGCUUUAAUAUUAUGAUGUAAUGCUUAAUCAAGCGUUUAUUAAAGUGAUGUCAUAGGCGAUGAUGUUUGGCGUCGGGUAUUGUGACAUCAUAAUGCUCGCGUUCCAUUAGACGCGUAUAUAAAGAGCCGCGCGCAGAUCUGCAGUCACUCACUCAUUUUCUGGUUAUCUGAGCGGAAGCAAAGAAAAUCAUCGAAAGAGACGAGACGAUUGCAAAGCGAUCAAAAGCAUUGAGAGUGUGAAAGUUACGAAUUACACAAGUCUACAACCACUUCUACUGGAGAGUAUUGGUGUUUGUUCACAAGUGUUUUUUGACUGCUUGUCCACUCAAAUAUCAUGGCCUCAUCCAGGUUGUCCCUCCGUAACACCGAGGGCGGAACUGAUGAGAAGAGAGGCGACCAUGCGCUUGAAGUCGGCGGUUGUAGCGAUCGUUUCCCGGGUGUGACCAUCCAUCAGUCACGGGAUUCAUUGCUCUUCGCUGAUGGAAAGUUUGUUAAGGCGUCUCUUAUACAAAACCUGGACGAAAGUCCAGAAGGAUGUUUGACCCUCAGUAACACCGAGGGUCGCAUCAAUAUGAGCAGAGGUGUCAGCGGACCGAAAGUCGGUGGUUGUAGUGAUCGUUUCCCUGAUCUGACCAUCCAUCAGUCACGGGAUUCAUCGUUCUUCCCCGAUGGAAAGUCUACGACACCUUUUAUUUACACUUUGGACGACAGUCCAAAAGCAUGUUUGACCCUCAACAACACCAAGGGUGGAAUUGUUGAUGGAUUGAAGGUCGGCGUUUGUAGCGAUCGUUUCCCUGAUCUGAACACCUGUCAGUCACGGGAUUCAUCGCUCUUCGCUGAAGGAAAGAUUGUAAGAGAGAGUUUUAUUGACACUAUGGACGACAGCCCAAAAGUAGGCAGUGAGGGGAAGGGGGCAGGGAUCCGUGGGCUCUUCAAUAGAGCUUGCAAGGCUGUAGCGCGCCCCUUCCUCAGCUGCCGGAGGAACAAAGUAAAAGCUAUUGUUCCUCCACUGAAGCCGGACAAAUCAUCUUCAGGGCUGUCUGUCCAGUAUGCAUCCCGUCCCCAGGACAGUUUGGACUCAGGUUCUUACUGGGUCGGGGAUACAUCAGAUGCAUGUCCGGCUCAAGCGAAAAGUUCAGCCAAAGUUUGGUCUAUGGCUGACCAGACUUCUUACACGGGUUCAUUUCUCGAAGAAACGCAUGUAUUGGAUACAUCGGACAUUGCGUCCGCUUCCUUAGAUGACAGUGCCGAUCACAGGAAAGGCGUUCAAGGCCUGAUGAAUGCCCAAUCAGGUUCUAUAGAGACCUUAAGUCUCGAUGCUCACAGUGGCGUGAAGGCAUCUAGUACAGCUGUGAAGAGCAGAUCUUUAUCAGCUGACAGCUGGUCCAGUGAGUUGACAGACGAGUCAUCAGUACUCACACACCUGGACUUUGAAUAUGGCAUGAAUAUGGCAGAGAUCUGCCCAGAAGAACAAUGUGCCAAAGAGAAGGCAGGAAAGUGGGGGUUCUUAAAGAGAACCUGGAAGGCUAUAGAGCGAACCUUCCUCUCCUGCUGCUGUACCAAAGUGGAGCCUUUUAUGCCUCCAUCAGACACUUCCCCAUCUUAUAAAGAAUGUGUUGAUGAUGAUGUGGAGAUUAACUAUAACGUCGGGGAUGUUUUGGGUGAAGGUUUCUUUGGAAGUGUCUCUGAGGCAACACGUAUUUCUGAUGGCAAAGAGGUCGCCAUCAAAUUCAUGCACAAGCAUGACGGUGACCGUACUCUUGUUAUUCCUGGCUAUCCUGAACCUCUGAUUACAGAAGUGGCACUCAUGAUUAAGAUGAGUGAACCUCCCUUAAGCCCAAAUGUAAUCCAGAUGUUCGAAUAUUUUGAAGACGAAUACAAAAUAGCAAUAGUUAUGGAGUACCCCAAGCCCUGCAUAGCUUUAGAUGAUUACAUAGCAGACAAUGAGAUGUUAUGUGAAGAAAUGGCGCGUAAAUUAAUGCGUCAAGCGGUGAAGGCAGUAAUCGACUGCAUUGAUCACGGUGUCGUUCAUACUGACAUACAUCCUGGUAACUUCCUGAUCAACACCGACACUUUAGACCUGAAGUUAAUUGACUUCGGCUGUGGUCAGCUGUUUACCAGUGAUGUCUAUGACAGUAAUCAGUAUGUAGGAAAUCCUGUUUACUGCCCACCCGAGGUCACAGAGAUGAACAGAUUUCAUGCCAUCUCUGCCAACGUCUGGUCUCUUGGUUUGCUCCUCUAUGAAAUGGUCAAAGGAUGUUUGUCUGAUUCAAUGUCGGGGGAAUUCCUGUUUGUGAAUCCUGACUUAUCGGACUUAUCGGACUUAUCGGAAGCAUGUCAAGAUAUUAUUAUAUGGUGUCUAGCAGUUUAUCCAGAUGAUCGACCCACAUUACAUCAGAUCUUACAGCACAGCUGGUUUGAUGAAUGAAGUCAGUCAGGGUCUUCUGUUCAUCACUGCUGUCAGACGUCAGGGUUGGAUCUAAAAGUGCUGGACACUACACAGGACUGAGCAAACCAAACCAGACCUCAUUGACCUUAUAAAAUACUGUAGAUAUAUAAAAUACUGUAGAUAUAUAUUUUAGUAUUUUUCUGAUAGUAACCAUGUUGUCUGUCUUGUUGUCAAUUUUUUUGUUUUGCAUUGUACAUUUUUUUAUUCAUAAAUCCAAAUUUCUCAAUAUGUUACCUAGAUUUGAUGUCUUCCUUGCAGAGAUUUUGCUUAUUGUUAAAUCUCUUAAACACACUGAUAAUAAUAAUAACUGUGUAAUGUAUUUUGUAUUUCUUUGGUCUUGCUAUAUUAAUAAAUACAAUAAAAACA